UUCGCUUUCGCUUCCAUGAGCGCACUUAACUUUAGUUACGACUUCUGCAUUUAAGUUUGAGUUCCGUUUGUCUACAGCUUUAAUUUUUUAAAUAAACUUUAUUAUUUUAUGUAGGCGACAACAUGCCGAUCAAACAAAUUUUAGCAGCUUUUGCGGCGUUAGAAUAAAAUAUUCAUUUAGGAACGUGAUUGAACUGGUCGAGCCUUCUUGCACAUGCAUGUUUGACUUUUGGGACUGAGUUUUUGUUGCUUUAAGGAAGACACCAGUCUGUGCUGAAGAUGGAGGGUAAGAUGCACAUGAAAGAGUGGCUGAUAGCUCAGAUAGAGAGUGGCAAAUAUGAAGGAUUGUGUUGGGAAGAUGAGGACCAAACGAUGUUCAGGAUCCCGUGGAAGCACGCAGCCAAGAAGGACUACAAACAGACAGAGGACGCAGCACUCUUCAAGGCUUGGGCUGUAUACAAAGGGAAAUACAGGGAGGGGAGGGAUAAAGCCGACCCCACCAUGUGGAAGACACGUCUCCGCUGUGCGCUCAACAAGAGCACGGACUUCCAGGAGGUCCCUGAACGCAACCAGUUGGACAUCACUGAACCUUAUAAAGUCUACCUGAUCCAGCAGGAAAGUGGGCCCGCCAGACCUGCAGAGUCUUCAAAAUUAAAGGAUCAGGUGAUCAUCCAGGCUAAGAGGUUUGCAAAGAGCCCCGGGUUUCUGGACAAACAGCUUAAUUUACAAAGGGAAUCAAUUCAGUCAAGUAAAGAAGAAGUAAAACCAGCGACUGAUGAUCCGUUGAGGGAGCACAUGUAUUGUGAGCUGACAGGAAGAAAAACCCCUAUAACCUUCCUCAGCCCUACACUUACUAUAUCAGACUUCCGCAUGCAGGUGGUGUUGUUGUACCACGGCCAGAGGGUGAUGAAAGUGACCACCAAUAGCCCAGACGGGUGCUUCAUCCUGCAGGGCCGCGUCCCUUUGGGGAACGAGCAGAUCUACGGGCCCUGCACGGCCCAGCAGCUCCCCUUCCCUUCCCCGGGCUCCGUGUUGUUGCCGUCAUGCAUGGCUGAAGCAAUGAACCGCCUUCUCUGUCACCUGGAGAGGGGUGUGCUAUUAUGGGUGGCCCCAGAUGGGAUGUUCAUCAAGAGGUUCUGCCAGGGCAGGGUGUACUGGAGCGGUCCCAUGGCCCAACACACUGACCGGCCGAACAAACUAGAGCGAGAAAAGACCUUCAAAUUGCUUGAUAUACCCACAUUUCUCAAUGAGCUGCAGAGCUGUUUACAGGGGAAGGGACCGACACCUUCUUAUGAGAUCGAGCUCUGCUUCGGAGAGGAGUAUCCAGACCCCAAUGUUCCUAAAACCAAGAAGCUCAUCAUGGCACAGGUGGUGCCCUUGUUUGCAGUAGAGCUGCUGCAGAGGUUCAACUUGGGAGAGAUGGAGGAGAUUCAGCGACCGAAUACCACCUCCAACACAGAACGAGAGAAGAUGUAGGAGGACAGGGAAAGCUACCCUGCAGCAGAGUAGCCAUGAACAAUAUACAAAUGGAUUACUGCAGCUUUAUUCCUUCCCUGUCAUCAUCAUGAAAGACAUCCUAAGAGCAGACCAAACAAAGCACAGUAUUGUCAGUGGAAAUGUGUAUAUGAUGAAGAGACGAUGGAGGUGUUGCAUUGUAGACCUAUUUGCAUUACAUGAAAGGAAAUUGGUUAUUAUUGUCUUUUUCUGUCAACCAUGCAGCUAGACUAGCAAGAAAUUUCAGUUUUUGUUGAAGCUAAAAACUUAUUUCAUGCUGAUAACGUACUAUUAACCCCUGUAAUUUUAUCCUCAUAUGCAGAAUCUGUACUAAAUGAUGAUGUUCUAAAAAUGUAAAUGUAUGAUACUUAACAGCACAUGCAGAGAAAAAAAUCACACUUUUAA